AUGAAAUCCCCAAGGAGAACCACAUUGUGCUUCAUGAUUAUUGUGAUUUAUUUUUCCCAAGCUACACUGAACUUGAAUUUAGAGUCUAUUGUUCAUCCCUUGAUUCUCCGUGAACAUGAACCAGCAGGGAAGGAGCUACUAAGACAAAAAAGAGCAGUAGCCUCGAGUAGCCCAGCAGCUGAAGAGUAUACCGUUGAUGUGGAGAUCAGUUUUGAAAAUGCCUCCUUCCUGGAGCCUAUCAAAGCUUACUUGCACAACCUCAGUUUCCCAUUUCAAGGGAAUAGCACUGACCAAACCACCAACAUUUUAAACAUUGAGGUGACAACAGUCUGCAGACCUACUGGGAAUGAAAUCUGGUGCGCCUGUGAGACAGGCUAUAGGUGGCCUCAGGAAAAGUGCCUCCAAAAUCUCACUUGUCAAGAGCAUGACAGGGUCCCUGCAGGGCAUCACUGCGGUUGCCUUAAAGGAUUACCUCCCAAGGGACCUUUCUGCCAGCUCCAAGGAGAUGUUACCCUAAGAAUGACAGUCAGACUCAAUGUGGGCUUUCAAGAAGACCUCAAGAACACUUCCUCUGCUCUCUAUAGGUCCUACAAGACUGACUUGGAAACAGCGUUCUGGAAAGGUUACAGUAUUUUACCAGGCUUCAAAUUGGUGACUGUGACAGGGUUCAGGCCUGGAAGUGUGGUUGUGACGUAUGAGGUCCAGACGACAACACCAUCACCCGAAUUAAUGCAUAAAGCAAACGAGCAAGUAAUGCAGAACCUUAAUCAGACCUACAAAAUGGACUACAGCUCUUUUCAAGCAGUUACUAGCAAUGAAACGAAGUUCACCAUCAUACCAGAAAUCAUUUUUGAAGGGGACACGGUAAAUCUGGUGUGUGAAAACGAAGUUUUGUCCUCUAACGUGACCUGGCACCACGUCGAAAGGCACUCUGACUUGCAGAACAGCAGCAGAUUCUCGGUUUACAGCGCCAUGCUCAACAACGUGACCUCAGUAUCGCACCUCACCAUUUACAACAUCACUCCGGGCGAUGCAGGUGAAUAUAUUUGCAAGCUGACAUUAGAUAUUUUUGAAUAUGAGUCCAGAAAAAAAAUAGAUGUCACGCCCAUCCGAAUUUUGGCAACUGAAGAAAUGAAGGUGACGUGCGACAACAAUCCUGUAUCUUUGAACUGCUGCAGUGAGAUUAAUGUUAAUUGGAGCGCGAUAGAAUGGAAGCAGGAGGGGAAAAUAAACAUUCCAGGCAACCCUGAAACUGACCUAGAGUCCGGCUGCAGCAGGUACACCCUCAGGGCGGACGGGACUCAGUGUCCCAGCGGGUCGGCUGGAACGACGGUCGUCUAUGCGUGUGAGUUCGUCAGCAGCCACGGGGCCAGAGGCGGCAAGAACAUAGAAGUGACAUUCACCUCUGUGGCCAACCUAACAAUAACCCCGGACCCAAUUUCUGUUUCUGAGGGACAAAAUUUUUCCAUAAAGUGCAUCAGCGAUGUGAGUAACUAUGAUGAGGUGUACUGGAACACUUCUGCUGGAAUUAAAAUAAACCAAAAGUUUUAUGCCACGAGGAGGUCUGCUGCUGGAGCAGAGUCGGUGCUGAGAGUGAAGAUCGCAACCCGGGAAUGGAAUGGAACCUAUCAUUGCGUAUUUAGAUAUAAGAAUUCGUACAGUGUCGCGACGAAAGAUGUGACCGUUCACCCACUGCCUCUAGAGCCAGACAUCAUGGUGGAUCCUCUGGAGGCUACAGUUCCAUGCAAAGGUUCCCAUCACUUCAGGUGCUGCAUUGAGGAGGACGAAGACUACAAAGUAACUUUCCAAAUGGAUUCCUUAUCCUUUCUUGCCGAAAAAGAAGUCAAAGGAAAGCAAGUGUGUUACAAAUACAAUUUCAUGGCAAGCUCAGUUUCCAGGUGUCCAAAAAAGCUGGACGUAUUUUGUCACUUUACCAAUGCUGCUAAUAAUUCAGUCCGGAGCUCAUCUAUGAAGCUUAACCUGGUUCCUGGAGAGAAGAUCAUGUGCCGAGAUCCCACAAUAGGUGUUGGGGAGCCUGGGAAAGUCAUCCAGAAACUAUGCCAGUUCUCAAACGUACCCAGCAGCCCUGGAGGUCCCACUGGCGGGAUCAUGACUUACAAAUGUGUAGGCUCCCACUGGGAGGUGAAGAAAAAUGACUGCAUCUCUGCCCCAAUAAAUAGUCUGCUCCAGCUGGCCAAGGAUUUGAUCAAGAGCCCCUGUCAGGAUACGAAGCUUCCCACAUACCUGAAGGAUCUUUCUGUCAGCACAGGCAAGGUGAAACAUGAAGUCAGCUCAUUUCCUGGGAGCCUGGGAGCCAUCAUUAACAUCCUGGAUUUGCUCUCAACAGUUCCAACCCAAGUGAAUUCAGAAAUGAUGACGAAUGUUCUCUCUACGGUUAACACCAUCCUCAGCAAGCCCAUGUUGAGUACCUGGCAGGUGUUCCAACAGCAACAGACCAACCAGAGCUCACAGCUCCUGGAUUCAGUAGAAAGAUUUUCCCGAACAUUACGGUCUGAAGAUAGCACUUUUUUGUCUAUCAACCAAACGAAUGUGCAGAUGAGGAGCAUGGUAAUAAAACCUGGCCCUCCAAAAACCUACAAACAGAGCUUUGUUUUCUCGGACUCGGACCUCUGGGGCAAUGUGGCCAUUGACAAGUGUGAGCUGGGAAGUCUGCAGUGGGGUUCGUCUAUUGUCACUGUGGCUUUCCCAACUCUCAAAACCAUCCUCACUCAGGAUGGGCAAGGAAAGAACAUUGCGAACAGCUUAGUGAUGACAACUACUGUUAGCCACAAUAUAACCCUGCCAUUCCGGAUUUCGAUGACUUUUAAGAACAUCAACCCUUCAGGUGGGGUACCACAAUGUGUCUUCUGGAAUUUCAACCUUGCCAACUACACAGGGGGGUGGGAUAGUAGUGGGUGUUAUGUGAACAGAGUCGAUGGGGACAGUGUCUCCUGCAUCUGUGACCACCUCACAUCAUUCUCCAUCCUCAUGUCCCCUGACUCUCCAUACCCUGGUUCCCUCCUGGAAAUACUACUGGAUAUCAUUUCCUACAUUGGGUUGUGCUUUUCCAUCUUGAGCUUAGCAGCCUGUCUAGUGGUGGAAGCCGUGGUGUGGAAAUCCGUGACCAAGAAUCGGACUUCCUAUAUGCGCCACAUCUGCAUAGUGAACAUUGCCGCCUCCCUUCUGGUGGCCGACAUCUGGUUCAUUGUGGCCGCUGCCAUCCACGACCAUUUUUACCCUCUCAACGAGACAGCCUGUGUGGCCGCCACCUUCUUCAUCCACUUCUUCUACCUCAGCGUCUUUUUCUGGAUGCUGACUCUGGGCCUCAUGCUCUUCUACCGCCUGGUUUUCAUUCUGCAUGACACAAGCAAGUCCAUUCAGAAGACGAUUGCAUUUUCUCUUGGCUAUGGCUGCCCUCUUGUCAUCUCAGUCAUCACAGUGGGGGCCACCCAGCCCCAAGAAGUCUACACCAGGAAGAAUGCCUGCUGGCUCAACUGGGAGGAUACCAAGGCCCUGCUGGCCUUCGUCAUCCCAGCGCUGAUCAUCGUGGUAGUGAACAUGACCAUCACAGUUGUGGUCAUCUCCAAGAUCCUGAGACCUUCCGUUGGAGACAAGCCAAGCAAGCAGGAGAAGAGUAGCCUGUUUCAGAUCAGCAAGAGCAUUGGGGUCCUCACGCCACUCUUGGGGCUCACCUGGGGUUUUGGCCUUGCCACUGUGUUCCAAGGAAGCAAUGCUGUGUUCCAUAUUAUAUUUACGCUUCUCAAUGCCUUUCAGGGAUUAUUCAUUUUACUCUUUGGAUGCCUCUGGGAUCAGAAGGUCCAGGAAGCCUUGCUAAAGAAGUUUUCACUGUCAAGAUGGUCUUCGCAGCACUCAAAGUCAACAUCCCUAGGUUCAUCGACACCCGUAUUUUCUAUGAGUUCUCCAAUAUCAAGAAGAUUUAACAAUUUGUUUGGUAAAACAGGAACGUACAAUGUUUCCACCCCAGAAGCAACCAGCUCAUCCCUCGAAAACACAUCCAGUGCUUACUCCUUGCUCAACUAAGAACAAGAAAAACGACCUAUGUGACUUCUUUAAGGGACAGUGGAUAUGCUCGGAAAAAAAAAAAAAAUCCUUUCAAAGCCGAGGGUAAAAUGUUUUCUCUGCAGGCUUCCUGGAGCAGAUGCUGAAGAGCCUCUUUCAUUAGGGAAAAGAAGCUUUCUUUCAUAAAGACAGACUAAACAUAAUUGUUAAGUUUAUUUGCAUCCCCACCCCCCCACCUCUUGUGUGAUACUAAAUGUGUACAGUAUUUAAGUGAGAUUCAAGUCCCCAGAGGCCCAAAUUCCCUGUCUAUAUUGUAAAAUAGAAUUUCAAAGAGAUAUUUUUACUUUUCACACGUUGGGCACAAAAAUAAGCUUUGAUUAAAAUAAUAAGCACAAGCCUAGUACCGAGGAAAUACUUCAGUGAACUCUCAGAAGGAAGGAAGGAAGGAAAGAAGGAAGGACACAGGAAAAAAGAAAACUACAGAGAAAAACAAUAAGAACCACAUUUUAAAAAUUUCCAUGUUAACGUAAUUAUUCUGAUACUGCAACAUGGAGAAUACAAAAAUGGCUCAAAAACGGAAACUGAAAUAAAUCAUGGAGAAAGUUUGGUAUUUUCUUGUUAUUUUCUUAGCUACAGGAGAAAAUUUUCUUAGAAAGGCAGUGGGAAGAGAUUGGGAGGAAAUUGUAACAUCAGGAUGCUUUCAAGUGGAUAAUAAUAUUUACAAGAAAUUCAUGGAAGGAGAUGUAAUUCUCCUGAUGCUAAACACACAUACACAUAUGCUGGUGCACAUGAAGUUUUGAGCUCAGGGGAGGGAGCAGGCAGAGGAAAUGGGAUAGCCAUGCUUUAUCAGAUCUAAGCAGAUCCAACUGCUAGUUACAUUUUUUACCGUUUAUCGGAAAAGCCUUAUCUUUUGGUUUGUUCCACUUUUUGAAGGCAAAAAAUAUAUGUAUUUUUAUAUGCAUCACUUGCCAAAUGUGACAUAAGGUGAUAUGAAUGUGAUAUAUUGUACUGGAAACAGAUCCCGACUGUCGUGUAUUGUAUUUAACAGCUUUAACCAGGUACUUCCCUGUGCAUUAGAAUAGAUUUUCAUAAUCUUAUGGCGUUGUUUAUCAUUGUUGUUGCUACUGUGGAUUUAGUGGCCCUUGGUGUGUGGUCUAGCUCCCUAUGUAUUAGCUCUUUCAGUCCUUAAGUUCCAAGACCAAUAUACGGUAAGAGUUUUGUAUUGUCUAA